AGUAAACAGUUGUGAUUUUAAUUGCAUAUUUUUGUGAAAAUCCUUUUGUUACCACCUAGGUAACUCUGUUAAGUGAAGCAUUUUACAACAAACUUGAUGUUCUGCGUUUAUUCAAAGCGCUAGCAGACCAUCAUUCCAAUUCGGCUUGGCACGCUGCGUGUGGAAGAAGAUCGGUGUGUGAAUCCAGGUUGCAAUAAAGGGAAUCAUCCAAUCUGACGAAAUUCCAGUUUCGAAUGAGUGGUAGGUAAAGAAGUUCCACGACUGAUAAAACAUUUCAUAGUGCGGAGCAUCAGCAUCAGCCGCAGUAAAGGGAGAGCAACAACAGGUAACUACCGCCGAGUGACUAGCAGAGAGGACUUGGGGAAACCGGCGGAGGAAAACUUGUUUCUCGUCAGCAAUUUUCACUUUACGUCGACGUCUAUCCAGCUCGCAGUCAUCGCUCGGAGAUUCGAUCAGUCGGACGUGUUUGGUUUCCGUUCCUGGUAACGGCUUGCUGGAAUAAGUCGGCAGAAUAUUGGUCACCCAAAGGAAUAGAUACUCUGAAAAAGCUCUCUCGUCUUGUGACAUAACUAGUUACCCUGAAAACGGAUCAUAUUACUCGGAUGUGCUGGUUCAACGUGUCCGGAAUUAUAUAAUAAGCACAAGGAGCAACCAGUUCACUAGUUCAGAAGAUCUAAACCGUUGACCUACUGCAGGAAUAACGGUGCUGCGCGAGCUUCAGAGAAAGUGUCUUGAAUGGAAGACGUGGAACAGUGAAGCAAACAAGAAAAAAGAAAGUUUAACUUUUGCGUGGUUUUAUCUUUCGUGUCUCAUUGAGAAGAAAGUUUUUUUUUAUCUUUCGUAAGUGUAGCUGAAAUUGUUAGUGGAUAAAGGUAACAAUGAGCAGUUGGCCGAAUAAUGUUGGAAUUUUGGCGCUGGAGGUAGUUUUUCCCUCGCAGUAUGUGGAUCAAACGGAACUAGAGGUGUUCGAUGGAGUUUCUGCGGGGAAAUAUACGAUCGGACUGGGUCAAAGUCGAAUGGGCUUUUGUUCGGAUCGCGAGGAUGUCAAUUCGUUGUGUCUGACCGUAGUUAACAACCUGUUGGAGCGUCAUAAUAUUCCCCAUUCGAAAAUCGGCUAUCUAGAAGUCGGAACCGAAACCUUAGUGGAUAAGUCGAAGAGUGUAAAGUCAGUGCUGAUGCAAUUAUUCAAACCACACGCAGUCACGAACUUGGAAGGAAUUGAUACAACUAACGCAUGCUACGGUGGUACUGCAGCUUUGUUCCAUGCAUGGAACUGGGUCGAGUCUUCCAGCUGGGAUGGACGACUUGCAUUGGUUGUCUGUGCUGACAUUGCUGUGUAUGCCCAGGGAUCUGCCAGGCCUACUGGAGGUGCGGGAGCAAUAGCCAUGUUGGUCGGCCCCAAUGCCCCUCUAGUGUUGGAUCGCGGUCUUCGUUCGACAUUCAUGGACCACGCCUAUGACUUUUAUAAGCCGGAUCUCAGCUCCGAAUAUCCGGUGGUAGAUGGCAAGCUAUCAAUCCAAUGCUACUUGGGUGCGCUAGACAAUUGCUACCAAUUAUAUAGAAAAAAGUAUACUCAACAGAAUCCGAGAGCCAGUGUAAACCUGGACGUUUUCGAUGCCGUUAUUUUUCAUUCGCCUUACUGUAAGUUGGUCCAGAAAUCGCUUGCGCGUUUGGGCUUGAACGACUUUGUACUUACACCGGAAAAUGAACGUGCAUCAGCCUAUCCCGGGUUCGAGCAGUUCCAGAACGUGAAACUGGAAGAAACAUACUUCGAUCGUGAUGUGGAGAAAGCUUUCAUGACCCAUUAUGCUCCAGUAUUCAAUGCCAAGACGAAAAAAUCGCUACACUUGGCUAAUCAAGUCGGCAAUAUGUACACUCCAUCUGUGUACAGCGGUUUGGUUUCCCUGCUGAUUAACAGUGAACUGUCUGAGCUGGCUGGCAAAAGAAUAGGAGUCUUUUCAUAUGGCUCUGGAUUGGCUUCUUCGAUGUAUUCUAUAUCGAUAACAAAGGAUAGUCACGCUUUGGCCGAAUUCAAGACUCAUCUAAAUUAUGUCCAUCCCCUGCUGGAUUCCCGACAGAAGGUGGCCCCGGAAGAAUUUACCAAGCUUAUGGAGAUUCGCGAAAAGAACAACCACGCGGCACCUUACGAACCAUCCGGAAGCGUGGAAGUACUCUUCCCUGGAACCUUCUAUCUCCAAUCGGUUGAUAAGAUGCACCGACGUGUGUACGAGAAGGCUCCGCCGAAACCUGCUCAAACGACGAACUGUACUUCCUAGUGACCUUCAUCGAGGAACUUCGAGCGAUCCAUAAAGAACGUCAGAUCGGGUUUUCCUCACGUUUUGGGCUCUAAGAUUAAAGUUAUUUAUUCUCUGUGAAGGUCUAAUUUUACGUUUUGGCUUCUUGUACUAUAAU